AAAUUCAUUGAAUCGCAUUGCAUUGCAUUGCUCAUUAUACUUAUAUCGUGUUGUUUGGGCUACGUCCGGUGAACGGCAUGUGCCCCAAUCAGGGAGUGGAGGGCAGCCUCUUGCCCGACUGUCACAUUGCCAAUCGUGUGUUUAUGUAUUCCGUGUUGCACUCGAUGCAGGCCGAGGAGCGGCGCGAGGAGGAGGUGGAUGCGGAGUUGCGCGAUCGAUACGAGGUGUUCCGAGAGGUGAUCCACAAUUUUCCCAUACCGCUGCACGCCCGGCCCGAGGGCGCCUACGAGUACGACUACGUGUACGAUGCAUUGCAGCAGCAGAGCCAACGUGGGCGCCAAUUGUCGGGCGCACAGAGCAGCACCUCCAUGGAGAACAAUGUCAGUGAAUCGAGUGCCAGUCUAUCCAGCAUCGUGUCCAGCAUCAGCGACAGUUCCAAUCUGUCCGCUCGCUGCGAUUACUACGAGGAUGCGGUACGCAGUGCUCUUGCCCAGCUGGGCGGGGGCGGUGGCGGUGGCGGCGGUAGCGGCAGCGGACUGGCCCAGGACAAGGACUUCAAGGAGGACAAACAAUUGCUAGACAGCAGCGAUGAAACAAACUGAGUGAUAGUGUACAUACACGUAGGCUAACCAUUAUAGAAAUCAUAUUAUGUCCGUAGUAAAGUAUUAACCAGA